AGUCCCAAGCUCCGGCUGCGCGGGGAUGGGGCACGAGCUGCUCUGGGACUAGCGGAGAGUUCAUGUGGGCAAAGGCUGUCCGGGCAGGCGGCGGCCCGAGGGGGGAGAGGAGCAUCCCGCAGUCCUCGGCUCGCCUCCUUUAAUGGGGGUGGCAAAUGCGAUUAACUGUGCAUUCCUCGGGGGUGACCUUUCGCACCGAGCCUGCUGAGAGAGGAAAGGGGCCGAGUGGGUCCUGCGGGAGCCGCCUGCGAGCUUUCCCUGGUGGAAGUCGCUGGAAGUGUUAAAGGGGGCGGAUAACGCGGGCUUCGGCGGCUCCUGGCCAAUGAUGUGGAGGGGCUCGGAGCGCCGCUCUCAGCUGGCAGACAUUUAAAUGGGAGACAGCUCGGCGCUGCUGCAAUUUGGAGGCAGGAUCCGAGACUCCCUCUAUAUGGACUCGCUGGCAGCCCCAGGCUCUCAGCCCCGCGCAGCGCCCGGCCGCCCAGCCCUGUGACCGCGUCCAGCACCGCCAAGACCGGCCGGGACACGCAGGCGCCCUGCAGGAUGGGCCGAACAGUAUAUGCUGUUGGUGCUCUUCUUCUUCUGCUUGGACUUCUGUUACCCACAGGAGAGGGAAGAAAGAGGAACCGUGGAUCUCAAGGUGCUAUCCCUCCUCCCGACAAGGAUCAGCCCAAUGAUUCAGAGCAAACACAGACACAGCAGCAAUCAGGUUCUAGGAACCGAGAUCGGGGAAAGGGCACAUCAAUGCCAGCUGAAGAGGUGCUGGAGUCUAGUCAGGAGGCAUUACAUGUCACUGAGCGAAAAUACCUAAAGCGGGAUUGGUGUAAAACUCAACCCCUCAAACAAACUAUCCAUGAAGAAGGCUGCAACAGUCGUACCAUUAUCAACAGAUUCUGCUAUGGCCAAUGCAAUUCUUUCUACAUCCCAAGGCAUGUCCACAAAGAGGAAGGUUCUUUCCAAUCCUGUUCCUUCUGCAAGCCUAAGAAAUUCACCGCUAUGACUGUUACACUCAAUUGUCCUGAACUUCAGCCCCCUAGAAAGAAGAAAAGGAUCACACGGGUCAAAGAGUGUCGGUGUAUAUCUAUAGAUUUGGACUAGACUGAGUUAACUAUUUCACCUGUGACACUAGGCUUAGGCAGCCGGUGCCAGUGUAAGAGUGAGUGGCAUAACUACCGUAUCUUCUGGGGUGGACUCAAUGGAAAGGAACCAUAGUGAAUCACUUAAAACAUGGUUUAGGGGAGGGAAGAAAUGGGAGGGGGGGGGAAAGGGUUUGUGAAUGUGUGAGAGAGGGGUAAAGAGAGUAAGUGAGACUAUACAAAAGAAUAUGAAUGUUUGCAUUUUAACUGAGGUGUGAAAUACCACUUAAAAACUUACAAAUCCAGAGGUUCAAUAUUACACACAUGCAUUAGGAUUCUUAGUAGCAUUCACACUCUCCCUGUUCAAUGGGAAAAAUGCAGCUGUGGCUUUUGCAAAUGCUUCACUGGACACUGCAGUAUUUACUUUCACUGUAUGAAAAGAAGUAUCACAAUGGGGGAAAUAAGAUCCCAAGUAUGAGUUUAUUCCUAAAGAAUAUAAAAAUAGAAUGUUAAAAGGGGUACAGCCUGUGGUAAAACCUGACUGAAAAUAACAGUUGUACUAAUUUUAUCUGCAUCUUUUGUUAAGGAAAAAAACAAGUGGUUUUGACAGAAUGAGGGGGUAAGUAGGCCGGAAGAUGACAUAGACAGUGAGAAAACGCAGUUACAGAGAGCUAGAAAGAACUAGGCUAAGAAUUAGUAGGUGCAAGGAAAAAAAGGAGAAGAGAAAGGGAAGUGACAGAACUUAAGAGAAACAUAAAGGGAAAAGAAGAAACACUUUUCUUCUGCUACAUUUUGCUUUAAUUUAUAGGUAUUUCCAUGUGUAUAUGUAAAAUAAAGAGAAAUUAUAAACAGGGCUAUAAAACACUUCUGAAUGCCAGUGACAUCCUAAAUCAAUCCUGAUCCACUCAUAUGUCUCUAGACUCUCUUGAUUUAUUUAUGGUAUUAUACUUCAGAUAACAGUUCUUUA